CCCUUAUCAAUGAGAUCUUGCGGCUCUCACAAGCAGCAAAAGAGAUUAAGUUUCUCUGACUGGAGUGUGGUAUCUGCAUCAUGCAUUGAAAUUUGGUUAUAUUCAUUUGAAAGAACCAGGGAUGAAAAAUGUAGUCUGACAUUUUGGAAUCUGUCGCAUAACCAAUAUGUGUUUUUUCUGUGUGUAUGUGUAAAAAACCACUAAUUAGCAUGGAAAUACGAAAAGAACAGAUAAUGGCGGCUGAAAAGGCAAAGAAAUUCCAGCAGGAGGGAAACCAGAGGGAUGUAGCAGCGUACGCCCAGAAUUAUGGGGCCCACAGAGAGGGAAUCUCGAUGAAGGAAGUAGCCGAUUACUACACAGAAUGGGCCAACUCUAAUAAAUAUGACGUGGAUCUGGGACCAGACCGGUAUCAAGGACCAAAGCUGGCCGCUGAAAGUCUCUGUGACCUGAUUUCUGAACAUCGUGAGAGUGUUAGAAUUCUAGACAUUGCUUCUGGAACUGGAUUUCUUGGACAAGAGCUCUGGGACAGAGGGUUUCGCCUAAUUGACGGCUUAGACCCUUCAGAAGGAAUGAUUGAGGCGUCCAGGAAAAGAAACGUAUAUUCCAAGCUCAUCUGUGAUUUCAUGAGUGACAAAAUGCUCAAUGUUCAAACAGAUACUUAUGAUGCAGCUGCCAUUGCAGGCGGUAUGGGGGAGGGACACAUUCCAUGCAAUGCUCUGUACGAGAUGAUUCGUAUUGUAAAACCUGGUGGUUACAUUGUAAUUGUGAUGAGAGAAGAAUAUCUAGAACACGUGCAGGACUACAAAGACAAACUAGAACCAUUAAUGAAGGAACUUGAAAUUUCCGGAAAAUGGAGUAAACUAUCCAGAAAAGUCGUACCAAAUUACUCAUUCCAAAAUAAUGGUGUCAUUUUUAUAUUUCAAAAAUGCUAAUUUAAAAUCAAAAAGAUGGUAAAUAUCAAAAGUUUAUAUAUUUGGAGGUAUAUUAUUAAAUAUUUUUCGUUUGUGUUCAAAAAUUUUGAGUAAAGACUUUCAUU